CAAUUUCAGACACUUUACGCAGGCUAUCUUCAGGACAAGUGAAAAUUGUGACAGUCUGGAUGUCUGAAAACAACAAUGUGGUAUACCUGUGAAAACCUUGGUCGUGUCUGGCACGCGCUGUUUAUUUGGGUAUUUUUGUGCGGGUUCAGGAUAGCACGCGUGCAAUUACACCCACAGUGUUUGGAUUUCAAGCCCCCCUUCCGACCUCCUGAAGCGUUGACAUUUUGUGUAAUGUUCAAAGACUUUGGCUGCUGUGAUUCUGCAAAAGACCAGGAACUGAAGUCAAAAUUCAAUGGGAUUGUGGAAAACUUUGAUCAGCGUGGGCACUCAAAUUGUGCCAGCUACAUACAAAACAUCAUCUGCCAGGAGUGCUCACCUCUCGCAGCACACCUGUAUGAUGCAGAAGACUCUAGCACGCCAGUUCGGUCUCUGCCCAGGCUAUGCGGAGACUACUGCUCUGAGUUCUGGCUUAAAUGUAGGUCGUCCAUCCCCCUGUUAACAGAAGACACACACGUUGCAAAGAUAGCACAUGACCAAGGCCAUUUCUGUAGGUACAUGGGUAUGGGUGACCCGGACUACUGCUUUCCUAGGCUACUCAACAACGAGCAGCUGACCAGAAACCUAGGUGACAUUAGCACAGACUCAGAAGGCUGUCUGCUGCUGUGUUUGGAGGAGGUAGCCAACGGGCUGAGAAACCCCCUGGCCAUGGUGCACUCCAAUGAUAGGACACAUCGCUUCUUUGUGGCGGAGCAAGUGGGGCUAGUGUGGGUAUAUCUGCCUGACCGCUCAAAGCUAGAGAAGCCCUUCCUGAACAUCACCCAGGCAGUGCUGACAUCACCCUGGGAGGGUGAUGAACGUGGCUUCCUGGGGCUCACCUUUCACCCUGAAUACAAGUACAACGGGAAGUUGUAUGUCUACUACUCAGUACAAGUGGGCCUUGAUGAGAGGAUCAGAAUCAGCGAGUUCCGAGUCUCAGCCAGCGACAUGAAUGUUGUGGACCAUGGCUCAGAAAGGAUUAUUCUAGAAAUUGAUGAACCAGCAUCCAAUCACAAUGGUGGCCAGCUGCUCUUUGCAGUUGAUGGAUACCUGUACGUCUUUACAGGGGAUGGUGGCAUGACAGGAGAUCCAUUUGGGGAAUAUGGAAAUGCACAGAACAAGUCCGCCCUCUUAGGCAAGGUCCUGCGAGUCGAUGUGAACAACAAUGACAGGGGUCCAUUGUACAGGAUCCCACCAGAUAACCCGUUCUUGCACGAACAAGGAGCUCGUCCAGAGGUGUACGCCUAUGGGGUGCGGAACAUGUGGCGGUGCUCAGUGGACCGGGGAGACCACCUCACCAAGGAGGGGAAAGGGCGAAUCUUCUGUGGAGAUGUCGGCCAGAACAAAUUUGAGGAAGUAGACAUCAUCGAGAAAGGCCGGAACUAUGGCUGGAGAGCAAAAGAGGGAUUCUCAUGUUAUGACAAGAAUCUCUGUAUAAACAGCUCUCUGAAUGAUGUCCUCCCUAUAUAUGCGUAUCCACACAAAAUGGGCAAGUCAGUAACAGGAGGUUAUGUCUACCGAGGCUGUGAAUACCCUAAUUUGAAUGGCAUGUACAUCUUUGGAGAUUUUAUGAGCGGGCGUAUGAUGGCACUACAGGAGAACAGACAGACCAGACAAUGGGACUACCAUGAGAUCUGCAUGGGCAAGGGACAGACCUGUCUCUUUCCAGGGCUCAUCAACAACUACCACAAAUAUAUAAUCUCCUUUGGGGAGGAUGAGGCAGGAGAGCUUUACUUCAUGUCUACCUCAUUCCCAAGUGCGACAUCCCCUUCUGGUGUGGUGUACAAAGUUGUUGAUCCAUCACGACGAGCACCACCGGGACAGUGUCAACUCAACCCUCUCCCGGUCAGAACUAAAAGCAGCUUGAUCCCUUUUCAGCCCAAAGAAAUAUUGACAGGAGCUGAAUUAUCACAACAUCAUCAUAAACUAGUCAGAGCUCGAGAGCCAGCACAGUCUCCAAGAGCGGCAGCACCCCCCUCUGUUAGCUCAACAGACUGGCUCCAGGAACUGUCGAACAUGCUGGCGACGCGAUAUGCCAAGGACGGCUCAAGCCCCGCCAAGAAGCAGCAGAGGAAAGAUGAGCGUAAAUCAGUGGCCCAACCCCAGAAUGGGGACCUGCGGUUGGCUGGAGACGAGGAGGCGCAACCUGACCGAGGCAGGGUGGAGAUCUACAUCGAGGGGGAGUGGGGGACAGUGUGCGAUGACCUGUGGGACGAGAGGAGUGCAGGCGUGGCCUGCCGGCAGCUGGGGUAUGGCCUAGCCCUGAAGGCCUCGAAGCAAGCUGAGUUUGGACAGGGCGAGGCCCUCAGGGUGCUGCUGGAUGACGUGCAGUGUAAAGGCACAGAGCGGACCCUGCUGGACUGUCAGCAUGCAGGAAUCGGCAUACACAACUGCGCACAUUACGAGGAUGCAGGCGUCAUCUGUGGAUACGCAUAAUCAUUUUGACGACCACUCAGCAUAUUCGAACCUAGGAAAUGACAAAAGAGAUUGAGAGAGUCCUCGGCGAUUUUUUUCUUUGGCAUUUAUGGCUACCUUUUAUGACAUUUAAUGGAAAAAAGUCUAACUAAUUGUACAGAAAUUGUAAAUUGAUUAUGAAAAGAAACACACUGAAUCCUACGAACAAUGCAAAAUCAAAAAGAUCCAGGACAGAAGUCCCUAUCAUACUUUUUCAUUUCACUUUAAUGUUUCGGGCAAGAGCACCUUCAGUCUGUCAAAAACGCACAAAACACAGGUGUAAUCAAUCACAUCGCCCACUUGGGGCAACAGGUUCAAUCACAUGGGACUUUGCAUGCUAAAUAUCAUAUAGGCUACAGCCUGCCCACCAUUCCACAGUGAAAGUCACUUUGAUCACAUUUCUUCCCCAUUCUGACAUUUGCUAUGGAAAAACAUCUGAACCUUUUGACCGCAUCUGCAUGCUUUUAAGCAUUUAGUUGCUACCACAUGAUUGGCUGAUAAAAUAUUUGCAUGAACAAGCUGGUGUACAGGUCUACCUAAUAAAGUGUUCACUGAGUGUA